AUCCGUGAAGCUCUUCACGUCGACCGUAAGUACCGGCCGCUUAGCAACAUGCCUCCCAAACCUGCUCGUCGAUUUGUUCCCAUCCAGUUACCAGCUGGCUGGGGCCGAGGGGGUCGAGGAGGCCGAGGAGGCCGGGGAGCUGACCGGAAUUCUAGUCCUGAGGAGGACGUCAGGGACUCAAUUCCCCUGGUGCAGCAUCAGGCUGGGAUUUCCUCCCAGAAUAGGAAAUCAAAGCUGUCAAAAGAACAGCCGCUGGCGAAGAAGCUGGCUUCUAAGGCCGGCACCAAUACCGUGGCCUCUGCUUCUACCCCCCUACUUACCAGCUGAGUGGCCGAGGUUGGUAGCUCUUCGUUGCGGCUCAAGAUCUAUAAGCAACUGACCUUACCGGAAAUGGUGCCAGGGUUGGAGUCUUUUGCCAAGCCCAGGAAGGUGGGCUUCCUAGAGCGAAACCGGAUUGAUUUGCCGGAAAUUUUAACGAAGCGUUGGACCCGCUUGCCAGUAAAGAAUGGUGAGAAGUUCGAUCCGAAGCUUAACAUUUUGGACGACGAAUCGCUGCUCCUGGACCGCCCAUUGGAGGGCGGGAAUCUGGGAUAUCGUAUUUUGAAGGAUAUGCAGCUUAAAUACGAUAUACCGGUGGACGAGGUUUAUACGCUUGCCGCGACGCACGCGCAUAACUUGGCCUUGUCUGCCUAGUUCGGUAAAGAGCUCUGUGACUUAUACUGGUACUUUCAAACUUCUUACUUCAAUGAGGUGAAGGAUCACAAAGAGCUGAAGGGCCAGAUGGCCGUUAAGGAACAAGAGCUGCUUCUGGCUAAUACCGAGAAGAAUGAUGCGCUCGCAGCUGAGAGUAAGGCAGAUGCCACUCUUACCAAGGUGUGCAGGAUCAUUCCUUGGUCUUGUUCAACAAGGAUAAAGAGAUCCGGCUUCUCCGGGAGCAGAUCACCGAGGCCAAGGAGAACGAGUGUGAGUCCGUUAAGGAGUAUCAUAAAGGGAUGGGCUUCGUUUCUCGUCUGCUGAAUCGGUAUAAUGGCAGAUGGUCUGCUGCCAUGCGGUCUGUCAGGCACACCUUUCCGGACUUUGACUGGUCCAAGAUUGAAGACACCCAUGUGCAGCGUGUUCAUAGCCUACCGGUUGCGGGCGAAGUCUUGGACUCUGGUGUCACUGAGGCCGAUAUCGCCAAUGCGGAUCCCCGGCCGAGUUCGAAGAGGACGAGGAGACCGUCAACGAUGCUGCUGACGUUGCCAACACUGCUACCGGUGGUGACAAGUCGGAUGAACCAGUUGUAAUUGUUGACGGCUCUGAGGAAGAGGAGCAUGCUCAAUAGAUUUUUUGCUUCCUUCCUUACCCUUCUUGUACUGGGCCACUUUGUGGGUGGUGUGCUUUUUGCGAUCAUAACGUCUUUUUCCUUGGGCAGCCAAACUAUCUUUACCGUUCUGUUAAUCUGGUCAUUUGUGACCGAUAUUCUUUUUACGGUCGGCUUCAUGUGGCCAGCUGUUU